GACAUGUGUGUUCUUGAGCUCUGGGUUCCCUGUUGUCGGUGCCCUGCCUUGUCGUUUUGAGAGGGCAUGAGAGCCGCAUAAGGAGAUCACCAAAGGGCUGCGGUCUGAACGCUGAUCUGCCAGGAAUGCUCUGUUUUUAAGUUGCCAGCUUCCUGAUUAGGAGCUUGUAUAACCAGCGUUGUAGUAGUUUGCCGGCUGUGGCUUUCAGCAGCUGAGUCCGUGGAACACAUCUCGGCGUUGGACAGCACAAAACCAAUGCAUGAAAAAGCAGGGCUCAUGCAUAGCCUGGACAAACUAGAGGCAUUACACAAGGAAAAGAGCUUGGAUUCGCCAAAUGGCAGCCUGCACCUGAGUGAUGCCAUCAAGGAUGAGGAGCUGAAGACAUGUCGCACAGAAGUCUCGCCUCCAAAUAAAUACAACUCUCAGUACCACAAGCUAUUCAAGGACAUCCCCAGUGAGGAGAGUGUGCUGAAAGUCUGCUCUUGUGCUCUUCAGAGAGACAUUCUUAUCCAAGGCCGGCUCUACAUUUCUCCAAACUGGCUCUGUUUCUAUGCAAACCUUUUUGGGAAGGAUAUCAAGGUUGUUAUUCCUGUUGUCUCUGUCCAGCUGAUAAAAAAGCACAAAACAGCCCGGCUGUUGCCAAAUGGACUGGCUAUUACCACCAAUGCCAGCAGAAAGUACAUCUUUGUAUCCCUGAUCUCUAGAGACAGUGUGUACGAUGUGCUGCGGAGAGUCUGCACCCACCUGCAGGUCUCAAGCAAAAAGAGUCUGAGCUUGAAAGAAUUGACUGAAGAGCCUGAUACAGUGUCACUGGAGGUGAUUGUCCCGGAAGUGAAGUGGAGGAAGGGGUCCACGCCAUCGCUGUCACUGUCUCUCCCAGAUGCAGGCUUCCAGUGCAUCCAUCGGGCAUCAAUCAGCAGCCUCAGUACAAAGGAGAGCUCUUGCAACUCGGAGGAGCCUCUAGUAUCAGAAAGUGCAAUAAACACUGAAGAGGAGUUAGAGGUGGAGCAGAGCUACAAGGCAGAGCUGAGGCCAUCUGAUUAUCAGCUGCUGAAAAUCUUCAUUGUCUUGAUCUGCCUCCUGGUGGUCUCCUCCUCCUACUUGGCUUUUCGCAUCUUCCGCCUGGAGCAGCAGCUCUGUUCCUUGAAUCGGGACUAUCUCUCCCGUGUGCCUCGAAGGUGACUGAUGUGUGGUAUGUUACUCUCAAGAGAAACAAUGAUGGAGAAAACAGCAUCUUUGAACAUACAUCCAUGCUGUGUCCAAGUAGUUAGCAUGACUGGAGUGAAGCCAGGGCAAAUAGAUCCCUUGGUCUCACUCUGUGCUAUUCCUGGACCAAAGUUUCCAGUGGUGAAAUCUAGAAGUGCUUCCUUCCCAUCAGCGACCACAUUGCGAAUGCUGAGCCUGCUAUAUGUUCUGUAGACCAAUGGUAGUCAAUGUGGCAGCCUCCAGAUGUUGCUGGACUACAACUCCCAUCAUGCCUGACCAUUGGCCAUGCUCACUGGGGCUGAUGGGAGAUGGAGGCCAACAACAUCUGGAGGCCACCAUGUUGGCUACCCCUGCUGUACACUCUGCAGCAGCUUCUUCCAGACAGCAGUGGUGCUCGUGAUGACGGCCAAGAGGUGGAAAUGCAAUAGUCCCUUUCCAGUGGCUCUAGCCGUAUCCUGCAAGGCCUCUUCAGCCACUGAGGACAUUGAGUAAUGUGCUGUCUAGAGCUCCAAGACAAUUUGGGAGCUUACAGGGCCUUCUUCUGAUGGCCCCCUUUUGUAUUUCAAAACUGCAUUGUCUUCCCUGUGGCUCUGCUCCAGAAGGGCUGACUGUUAUCACCAGGAAACUACACCGGCUUGUCGUAUCCAAAGGGAUCCUAGCAAGUUCCAGAAAAGUAGCUGGGUUCUCUUCUAGGAGGACUGAGUUUAAACUGUUGCCGGUUCUUGCUGCUUUCUUGCCCUUAGUGAGGGGAACAGGACAGAGGAGGUCUUGGGUUUUUGCUACGGUGAAAACCGCUGGAAUAUUUUGCUAAGGACGAGGUGCCAGCUUGGCUCUGUCCCUUCCCCAGAGCAACAAAAUAAUCUCCAUUAGGACCAACCUUCUUGCACUAACAGGAUCCCUGUUAUCCAGGAGGAAUGCUGUUAGAAUGAUUCUUGCACGCCUGCAAAAUUACAGUAGUUGCUAUAGCAACAUUCAGCACGGGGAUCCUCUUGAACUGCCAGGCAGGCCCUGAGCUUUCAUGGACCGGCCCUGGCUAGAGAUGUGCUCCCUGAGGCUGCAGCACCUUCUCAUACCCUUGUGAAGAGGAGAGUGUGAGAAUAAAUAUGACUUGACUGGUGUGUGCUUAGCCCUUGAAGUGCUUCAGAUGGGUCUGUCCCAGUUCACCUGAAGUCUUUGCAGCUUGGCAGUGAUGUGGGAAAGCAAAGCCGGGUCGGGGGGCGGUGAGGCAAACCACUUGCUGCAUUUCUUUGUCCCAAGGGCGGUUCCUGAUGCCUUGUGGAUGGGCUAGCACUCCUUGCUUGUAGCCGAGGAUGUAGGCAAGCCACAACUUUGCCCCAUCUGUCAUUCUGCGGCAUGACACAACGCCACUCUGAACAAGCCCUUGAAGAGAGGGUACAGAGCCAAUCGACCGCAUCCCCAGGAGCGGAAGCCUUGCGUGGAUGACUGAUGGGAGGGAAGAGGGGUUUGGCGUGUGUUGUGGCUUCCAUCAAUGCUACUGUUCACGGACAAGUUGGGAGAGCUGACCCAAGGCAGAAUCGGUGAGGAAGAACCUCCAUGGGGAGAUUAAGGAUGCAGGAAGUGCCCUGCAGGAUCAGGCCAAAGGCCUAUCGUAAUCCAGCAUCCCGUUCUCACAGCGGCCGGCAAGAAGGCAUCAAGCAAGCAAGCCUCAAGAGCAACAGCGCUCUCCCAGCUUGUGGAUCCCAGUGACAGUUCAUUCUGUUAAGAGUAAGAUCCAUCCCACGAGAGCCACGCUGAAGAAAUUGAGUUCAUCAUCAGAUUCCUCCAUGGACUAAGGCAUGUGAAUGUGUACACCGAGCAUCACUGUGGCGCUGCCUGCUCUCUUGUAUGCCAGUUUGGGAAUGGUCUGUUGUUGGAGGAAAGGAGCCUGUUUGGGGGGGGGGCAUGAUGGGAUCUGGGAUUCUGUUGGGGUUAAGCAUGUUGGUUUUCAAACUUCCUACUUUCAGGCAACCCUUUCGUCGGUCCGGUCAGCCAGGAAAGUCUCUUCACGUCUUCCAGAGUACCUCUUGAGUGUCACAUAUAAAGAUACCAGAGCACAUUCCUGGGUGUGUGGGCAGCUCACAUGCAGUGUCCUGGUCUCGGGGCUGCCUUGACCACACAAGGUGACACCUGCUUUGGGCGGCAGGAUCUAGGGAGAUAGAUAGCAGCAGCGUGAAGUGUUGGUCUGUUGUUUGGUGCUCCGCUUCAGACAGCAAAAUGUCUUGGCCAGCAUUUGCAGGUCUUGGAAUGACACCUUGCAUCUUGCAAGGAAAGGGCCACAGUGGUGGGCGGGCUGCCUUCCAGGAAAGCGUGUGUGCCAUUCCUGGCCUUAUCGCUGAGGGAACAUCUGAGAAAUGCCAGGGCUCCUCAACACUCAGUUUGAAAAAAAUAUUGCAGGAAAGGAAUUCAUUCUUAUAUGUAGGGACAGCUCCAGGUUUGAAGGGGCUGCGUUCUGGAAGGCCCCCUUGCUACAUUGGGGGGGGGGGUGCAGGGUACCGACCUGUGAGGGGAGUCUAAUAGUGGAUUUACCUGGCGGCAGCAGUGCUUGGAUCAAUGGUGGCUGCAGAGCGGCUGGCUCUGGAAGACUCUGAAAUUUUCCACAAUGCCCUGGGAGUGACAACUGUUGGAAGCAUUGUGUGUCUCUGAGGGAAAUGGCAGCCUUCAGAUGCAGCCAGCCAGUACUCAGUGGUCAUCUCUGCUGAGCCCCUGCAGCUGCCUAAGGGUGCCGCCCAGUGCUUUUUUGGCUGUAUUUAGAGGGAAAAAAUGAGGUGCCGGUAAUCAUAUCUUGAGAAAGUUCUGUGGGUGCCAGUAAAACAGUGGCUGCCAUGGGCAGCAAAGACAACAAGAGAGGAGAUGGUGUGCUCUGCUGGUGAGUACCAUCACACAAAAAGCACCUCUUUGUCCCUGGUGCCACCCCUCAACUCCAGGACUGUUUGAAUGAGCAGCGAGUUGAUGGCUCAGGCCAAGCGGGUCUGGCAGUUGUGUCUCCUCCUGAAGAAGCACACCCCAACACCUGUGUUCUCCUUUCCUCCUCCCCCAGCUCCCAUGCCACAGGUUCACUGGGCUGCUGGACAGCCAGCUGGGCAUCUUUCUUAGCAAUAACGUCUCAGGUGUUAAUGUCUUUUUAAUCAGAUCUCCCAUCUUAUAGGAGGUAAAUGUAAUAUUUGUGCUGAUAUUUUGUUUAUUUUUUGGAAAGCGCUGCUAAGACAAGGUCCUUUUGUUUACCCUUGAGUUGUCUUGGCUGUGGGGCCCUUGGGAGUAGGGCCUGGCGGGGAAGGCAAGCAGGUCCAAGAAGUGCCAAGAGAUUUAUGCCAAGGUGAUCCAUUGCUGCAUUUUCUGUUGAUCCCCACAAGUCUGCGUUUGAGCAAGAACGGUUCAGAACAUCAGCUAUGAGCCGGAUGCCCCCAGUUCACAUCUCAGCUGAGUUUUGCUGGUUGGCCUUUGGUGAGCUGCUGUCUGUCUCUCAGGCUUGGGAGCCUCUUCACGACUCGAAUUUCGGGAAUAAAAGCACUAGCCUACCUUACAGGGAUGUUGUAAGGAUUUUCAAGAUAAUGUAAAGCGCUUUGAACACUGUGAAGCGCUCUAUAAAUACUAAGUAUUAUCAUUAGUGUUACUCCAUGUAAGCAGUGAUUCUUAUUUUUCCUUUUCUUCUUUUUUAAAAGUACAGACCGUUCAGGAAAAUAGCAGAAAUAUCCUACAAACUCAUUAUUUUCUUGCUUUGUUGUCCCAUAAGUAACCUGUGCCUAUGAUAAUGCAGUGAAAGGGUUAAGCACAUAAAUGUGCACGCACGCACACACACACACACCUACCUUUCUCUGACCCUUCUGGAAACAGCAACUUUUCCUGCUUUAAAAAAGUCUGUAAAGUCACACAAGUCCCUUCCCAUUGCAGAGGACCUGUUUACUGAGCAUUCAUCCUGAUUUGUUUGCAUAAAUUUUGUGGGGAGAUAACACAUCAGCAGUUUAUUAAGCAAGUGUUCUGAGUGUGUGCACAACGUUGUGUCAAGCAUUUGUUAUUCCACACUUUCCUGUGCAUUUUCCAUUAGCUUUCCUUACAGCAAAAGGUAUUUUGUUUUUGGAAGCAGGUAUGUUGCACACAAUUGCCAAAUACACUUUAGCUGCACAGCCUGAAUUUGACAGUAUGUGAUUGAAUCCGACCCACAACAUUGUGACAGUCUGGAAGUGCCUGCCUGCCUGCCUGCUAUGUCUGAUUUGACCCUGUAAGGGAAUAGGGUAUUCCUCUGUACUAUCCAAUCACACAGAACAAGGCGCUGCAGAUGUCUGGCAAAAUCUGCCUGACUGCAUGCUGAGACUCUAAUUUGCCCACACCAUCACAGCCCUCAUUUCUGAUUUGAUCAUAAAGACACACACACAGAUUUAUCUUACACUGAACCAGCGUCUACUGUUGAUUGACUUACUCAUGCAGUUGCAAUCCCAACAUGGCUAGUCUACAGAUAGCCAUCAGGGCACUAACCUAAAUCCCCCAUUAGUGAAGCUGAAAAAUGGCAUAAAGGUUAAAUUAUCUGAAUUGACUCUAUAGAGAAACUUCAAGAAAAGAACUGCCAUCCAAUUGGUCACAUUAGAGCUGGAAGGUGGAAACUGCAGCUCUCCAGUUUUGUUGGACUACAGCUGUCAUUAUUCUGACUGUUCACCAUGGUGGCUGGGGCUGAGGGAAGUGUACUUCCAACCACAUCUGGACGGCAACAGUGGAGAAUUGGGCUGUAGUUAUGGACUCCUGAUUUUAAACACCAGUUGCAGAGCUGCAAUAAAGGGACUGCUUCUGCAAAGCAGGGGAAAAAAAGACAGAGGUAUGUGUUGGUUUCACAAGCAUGUGUGAAUACAACUAAUUCAGUUUAGCUGCUUGAUCACACAACUGUUGGGAGUUCAGGAGUUUACACUUCAGCUGUUGAGAUCUGAAGCGUUAAGACUCUAGUGGGGACUAGCCAGGAAAUUUUGCUACCCGAAGGCAGGAGCAACAGCAGGCCAUUAGUAUUUUGUAAAUCCUCUUUUACAUGUGCCACAUUCCCAUUCAGGCAGAGCCGUCACUGACCAGCUAUGCUAGAAUGGGCUUUGUGCCCAGCGGUUACUACAAGUUCUCUUCUAGUUCUAGGUUUGGGUGGAGUGGAGGCUUGGACAAACUAUUUUGUACAAUGGGCUAGGGCAGAAUGAAUGCAAUCCCCAGUCAUGUCAGUCUUUCUAGCUUUUGCAGCAAUGCAAGCUUGACACGGGGUCCUCAUACCUCUGUCUCUUGCACUGCGUGCUGCUGGGGUAUUUUUGCAAGGAGUGUUGCUUCUUUAGCAUGAUCUGUGUUAAUGCUUUCCAGAAGGAUAAUGAUAUUGAGGUGUUGGCUACCUCUGGCUUAAAUGCAUGGCUCUUUUAGCAGCAACAGGUGUUUCAGCUCUUUCAGCAGCAACAGGUGUUUCAGCAUUUGUCAUGAUGGGUCCAGAAGGGUCUCUUGCUUCCUCCAGCUAUGUCCUGUCUCGUACAGUGGAGCCUGAGCGAUGGGAGAAGCAGCAGCCCCUAGGCUUGCGGGUCGGAAAAGUGCCUGUUGUUUGUUUUCUAAAAAUGCUUGCAAACCAGCACUGUCCCUGCCAUGCAGGUGACUGGUCUGAGCUACCAGGCGCUCCCAGUGGAAUAGAGUGCACUCUCUUGCCAUUUGUUGUUGUUAUGUGCCUUCAAGUCGAUUACAAUUUAUGGCGACCCUUUGAAUCAGCGACCUCCAAUAGCAUCUGUCAUGAAAAAAUCAACAUAGUUUAAUGCUAGAAUCUGUGUUCUAUUGGCCCUGCUUCCAUCCAGUCACGCUGCGUGCUCAGGAUGAUAAGCCUGGGCUUGGAUGACACAGUCUUAUGUGCCAUGAUGUACAUCCUAAUUUGCACCCGCGGCUUGCCUUCAAGACCUAAGGGUGAUUCAACAGGAUUCUGGAAAGUGAUGGCAUCAAUGCUUCAGGUGUGAGGUAGGCAAAGUUGGAACUUUGUUACUAUUUGUUAUUGUAAGAUGCUUUGGAUUGCUUUGCAAGGAAAACAAAUAAUAAUAAUAACAUAAUAAUAAUAAAUAGGGA